AUGUCACGCUCCAACAGCACCAGCGUGCCCAUGAACCCCUCUUCCUCCUACAACUCCUCGUCCGAGAAGCGAAAGCGUGUGGCAAGAGCUUGUGACAAUUGCCGGCAAAAAAAGGUCAAAUGUGACGGCAAACAGCCGUGCAUCCACUGCACGGUGUACUCGUACAAGUGUACGUACGACCAGCCCAACAUCCGCAACAAAAAGGUCUCUGGUUUUCCUGUACCUGCCCAGUCGUCCCCCAUGGUCCAGGUGGCAGCGGCAGCAGCAGGAUCGUCGGGUUUCGUGGGCAACCGCAUGGCCAAAAACCUCAUCCAGUGCCAGAACUUGUUGAACAUCUUGCUCCCCAAACUCAACUUGAACUGUUUGGACGAGAACAACCCGCUCAAUUUGGACUUCGACAAGCUCCAGAAGGCAGUGGCCUACGUGGAGUCUAAGAACCAAGGCGCUGUUAACCUCGCAGAGGUCUGUGACCUCUACGACAGUGACAGCCCCGUAAGCCCCCCCCUCUACAAGUCGCCCCACGCUCCGUUGACCUACUUUGAAGACUCGCCCAACCGCGAGUUUAAGUUGAUCAUCCCCUCCAAGGAAAUCGCUUUGAAGCUCAUCUACGUCACCUGGUACAAGGCAUGCGUGUUGUUCCGGUUCUACCAUAGACCAUCGCUUCUCGAGGAGGUCGACUUGCUCUACUCGUUGGAGCCGUCGGCCUACGGCGAUAGGCAACAGAAGUUCUUGCCGUUCUUGUACUCGUUGCUUGCAUGCGGCUCGUUGUUCUCCAAGUCCAGCGACUCCGACUCCGACAUCAACGAUAACUUGGAGGACGACGGGUUCAAGUACUUCUUGGAGGCCCGGAAAUUGAUCGACAUAAGCAACGUCAGCGAUAUCCACUCCAUCCAGACCAUUGUCAUGAUGAUCAUGUAUCUCCAGUGCUCUGCAAGAUUGUCCACCUGUUACUCGUACAUCGGUAUUGCGUUGAGAUCGGCGUUGAAGGAGGGCCUCCACAGAAACUUGACGAUUUUCCAGAACUCAAAGAGGAAAUUGGACCCUAUAGAAGUUGACACGAGGAAACGGCUCUUCUACACAAUCUACAAGAUGGACAUCUACAUCAACUCGUUGUUGGGACUCCCCAGAUCCAUCCAAGAUGACGAGUUCGACCAGGAAUUGCCCGAGGAACUUGACGACGAGAAUAUCACCCGUGAUUCGUACUUGUAUGACAAACAGCAGGGGGCCUUGUCCUCCUCGGGGUGCGCCAACCACCAUACAAAAUUGAUGUUCAUCUUAUCACACAUCGUCAAGAAAUUGUAUCCAAUCAAGGUGGGUAAGAGUGCUACGAAUGUCACUCCAGAUCACAUUCAUAGUAAGGUCACUGAACUCGAAAUAGAGUUGAAGCAAUGGUUACAGAACCUCCCUAAAGAAUUGAAACCAACAGACCCCAACGACCCCAAUAGCUCCAAGGACAUUCCCGAGAAGUUCGUUAUGGCGAACUACUAUCUCCAUUUGUCAUUUUUGAACUGUCAGAUCAUGUUGUAUCGUCCAUUUAUACAUUUCAUCAGCAAUGGAUCAACGAGCUAUCAGAACUCCGAUCCUAGGUCCUUAAUCAGAGGUCGGAACUGCAUCAAGGUUGCAAGAAUGGUUGUGAAAUUGUCCAACAAGAUGAUUGAUCAAAACUUGUUGGUGGGAACCUACUGGUUCUCAAUGUACACAAUUUUCUUCUCUAUUGCAUGUUUGGUAUACUAUUACCAUUUCGCCAACUAUGGAGAUUUCGGAAAUGGCGCCAAAGCUGGCUUGAAUACAAAUGAGUCGGGGAUGAAUUACGCGGGGGUCUUGUUUGAUGAUGACCUUAAUAUUGAUAUGAUCAAGAAAGACAUCGAAAUAGGAAAGAAAGUCUUGGAUUGCUUGAAAAACAACUCCAAUGCUUCCUUGAGAAUCUACAACAUUUUGAAUGCUCUCUUUGAGCAGUUGAACAGAAGAACCGCCAAUUCCUCAAGAUUGCGGAAUAUGAAUCAGCAGAAUGCUGACACAGACAUUAAACCUAACUACCAAAGUGAGAAUGUACAGGCAACAUUUCAGAACUUUAAUACUAUUAAUGAAUAUCAAUCCGACUUGAAAUAUCCCAACGAAGAGACUAAGCCCGUGGAGAUCUACCAGUUUGAGUCACCCAUAGAAGGUAGAAUAUCGGACAAUGGGAUCGAUAUCGGAGGUGAGCAUUCGUCGAAUCCCCGUGCAGGCAAGAGGUCAGUGACAGAAGUGUCAUUGGAGCCUUUCGAUAUCAAAGCGACGCCUGUUGCUGAGCAAUUGUCAGUCAAAUCAAGUGUUUCGCAGGAGUCCGAACAAGUGGACUACCUUCCCGGGGUGUUUGACAAGUUGGAUGCCCAGAUUUUUGGAAGGAUUCUUCCUCCCUAUAUGUUGGAGAAGAAUGCCAAGAGCUCUACGGUGUCACUUCUGGGGUUCUUCAAUGAAGAUCAGGAGUUGAAACAGAUGGAUCAAACGGUGACCCACCCCAACAUCCAGGUGGACCCAAUGAACUUGAAUAACUUGUCGAACUUGGACAUUUCGAUCUUGGAAGACAACACUGAUAUGAACUAUUUGGAUCCCUUCAAUCCAAUCAACGGCAGUUAG